CGCCCUGCAGAUCCAGCCGGUCAGGAUGACGCACCUGCAAUUUAAAGAUGCCUUCUGGUGCAAAGAAUUCACCCUCCACUCCGGAUACGAAGCACUCCUACAGCGUUUGCUGGAUGGAAGGAAAAUGUGCAAAGAUGUGGAAGACUUGAUCAAGCAAAGGGCCCAGGCUGAAGAACGCUACGGAAAGGAGCUAGUCCAGAUUGCUCGGAAAGCAGGAGGCCAAACCGAAAUCAACACUUUAAAGGCUUCGUUCGAAAUCCUAAAACUACAAAUUGAAAGCGUGGGCAACUCUCAUAUCCAGCUGGCCCUCAUGUUGAAAGAUGAACUAAAAGCCUUAGAAGAAUUCCGAGAAAGGCAGAAGGAACAACGGAAAAAGUACGAGAGUACAAUGGAACGAAUACAUAAGAACAAACUGUUAAUGUUCAAGAAAACCAUGGAGUCCAAGAAGGCCUACGAACAGAAAUGUAAAGAUGCUGAUGAGGCAGAGCAGGCUUUUGAGAGGAUAAAUGCUGUUGGAAACCAGAAACAGACAGAAAAGAGCCAGACUAAAGCAAAACAGUCCAGAGACUCUGCAAAUGAAGCAGAAAAGGUGUAUAAACAGAACAUUGAGAUACUAGACCAGGCAAGGACCACGUGGGAACAAGAACAUGUUAGCACUUGCGAGGCUUUCCAGCUUCAGGAAUGUGAUCGGAUCACUAUCCUUCGGAAUUCUCUCUGGGUUCAUUGCAAUCAACUCUCCCUGCAGUGCGUGAAAGACGAUGAGCUUUACGAAGAGGUUCGCGUAAGCCUGGAAAACUGCAACGUAGAGUCGGAUAUGAACUGCUUCGUUCAGAAUAAGAUGACGGGAACGGAACCACCAGUGGCCAUUGGCUACGAGAAUUAUUACGAGAGAACCGGACCUGUGAAAAACUCCAACAGCCCCACAACCCAGAGUUGCGGAAUGAUGAAAAGGUUCUCCAACUUGCUACACAGCAGCACCCGAAACGCUCCAGACAACAUUAUUUCCACAAUCACCCCAACUGCAGAGAGGACAGACGGCGUCUACGCAGCCAUUCACGUGGCCGAGGUGGUCAAUGCUGCCCUGGACCAGGACUACAGAGCUCUCUAUGACUACACAGCCCAGAACGAGGAUGAGCUGGACAUGCAAGCAGGCGACGUCGUCACCAUCAUUGAAGCUGGGGAAGAUGGCUGGUGGACCGUAGAACUAGACGGGCAGCAAGGAUUCGUGCCUGGCUCCUACCUGGAGAAACUUUGACGGGAGGAAUACUUCUGAGUGCUACAUUUUUCAUUUUUACCAGCUAGAAACCACUUUUUUUAAAAAAAUCAAGUUUUAGUCUUUGCAGGUGGCAGACAAAGAGCUAGAAUUAUGCUCUUUAUUUUAAUAUAGACAUCU